UUUGGACUGUGGUUGAUUAAUCGUGGAACUCGAAGUAGAACACCAAAAAGACUCAUAAAGGAGGCGAAAAACUAAUCUAUCAGUGGACUUGGAAUUCCCCGGCUGUUAUUGUUGUGCUUCAUUCUACGGCUUCGUAAUCGAUUUGAGAUGAUCAGAAUGAGUCUAUUGAUUUUGGCACUUUUGGUGGUUGUACACUCGCUGAACGUCACCAAAAUGCCGCCGACAAGAGGAAUGCCCUUAACUACACAAAGCGCAGCGGCUAGCGGGACUCCUACACCCUCAUGGAAGGAAAUCGCAAGAAACAAGUCCCAACUAGUAACACAACUAUUGAGAGGAUACGACAAGAGAAUUCGACCUUAUACUGGAGUUCGACCGAUGGAUGUCCGUGUGGACAUGUUAGUGUCCAACAUUUGGGCCAUAGAGGAAGCAAAAAUGGAUUUUACAAUCGACAUCUAUCUUCGCCAGUAUUGGGAGGAUCCUCGACUUUCAUUUCUUGAGAACGAAAUUCAGAAAACGCUGACAUUAAAUAGACAAACAAUAGAUGAGAUAUGGGUUCCAAGUACAUACUUCUUUAAUGCAAAGAAAGCAUACUUCCACGAUGUCACAACAGAUAAUUACCUGCUGCAAAUUCAACCGGAUGGAAAUAUCUUUUAUAGUGUUAGGCUAACAGUGACAAUGGCUUGCAAACUUAAUUUACAGAUGUUUCCACAUGACGUACAAACCUGUACAGUCAUGCUUGAAUCGUAUGGUUAUCAAGCAACAGAUGUGUAUUACAAGUGGAAUUCAAGAAAUUCAACCGGUGAUGUUGUUUACAUCGCAGAGGACCUAGAGAUGCCCCAGUUCAUGAUCACCAACGUGGAACUGGAAGAGAAAACGAAUAUCUACAACAUUGGGCCUCACUCGGCGCUUGUGGCAAAGUUCACUUUUCAUCGUCGCCUUGGUUACUACAUGAUCCAAACCUACAUCCCAUCGAUGUUAACAGUGACAAUUUCUUGGUUCUCCUUCUGGAUUUCGCCAGAUUCCCCACCAGCCCGAGUAGGACUGGGUAUUACAACGGUCCUUACGAUGAUCACGAUUUCGAACAGUGCGCGUGCGCCACUUCCUAAGGUCUCCUACACUAAAGCCAUUGAUUGGUUUCUGCUGAUGUGCUUGGUAUACGUGUUCGGUGCGCUAAUGGAGUAUGCUAUUGUGAACUUUUACUCCUGUAAAGUUCAGUACAAAAAGCAAAAGGAGACAAGAAAGGCGGAACAGGAGUUCUUUGAGCAGGAAUCUGACAAAGAAGAAGCAGUUGGGCUGUUUCAGAAUGGCUCUGUCAAGAAGAGUGACAGCAAUGGAAGCUACAGAGUGGCUGUUGUCAUAGACAGCAAGAAUCCAUUUUUUCCUCGAGCGCAUCUGAACCAAAAAAAUCCCAAAUUCAGAUUAGCUCGCCGAUUUCGGCAAAAGGAAAUAGACGAAUCUAAUGAUAGCAAUUCCCAGCCUCCCAAAAAACGUCAUCACUACUUCUGGGACCCGUAUGAAACAGCAUUUAUGAUGUCAGAACCGGCAUAUACUGUGGAUAAAUACGCUAGGAUAUCCUUCCCUGUCACCUUCGCCGUGUUGAACUCCAUAUACUGGAUUGUUUACGCGCCGGAUAAAGUCAUCUUCUAAUUAUACGCUGUAACAGUGAGAGUUGAAAUUCUCGUUGCAGUUUUCAUAUACCGCAAUGACGCUUGCACUGAACUAAACGCGCGAGGUAAAAGAGCAAAAAGGCGAAAAAAGAAGAGAAAAUGUGAAGAGAACGGAGCCAAACUCAUCGUACUCUAUUCUCAAGCAUAAAUCUUAAGAGCAUAAGGAUAAUCAAGAAACAUCCAUCUACAUCCUCUUCCCACUGUCACAAAGAUCAUCAUGUCUUCAGAAUAGGCCGCAAAUAUGUGAGAAAAAAUCCUUGCUAAGCGAUAAACAUCUUAAGACCAAACAAAGGAACACCUUAAUGUAUAAUCACAUUUAAUUUUUGGUAUCUCAGAGUUAAGAAAAAACCGGGAAAGUCAAUGCUACCUCAUACUCAAUCGUUUGACCAGAAAGUUUUAGUUCUGUUCCUUUCAGUGGGGGGCCGUCACCUUCGUUUGGCUCUUUUUAUUAAUUCUGCUGCACGAAAUAUUCAGAUAUUAAUGAAAUGAACUAGAAGUGAAACCAUGAAAUUCUCACACCAAGACCGUGUUGAUAAAUUUUCCUGAUUUCUGAUGAUGAAUAUCUCCCAUGAAUUAAAACUACCAGUGCCCCCUCAGGGAGGCCGUUUGUUUUCUUUUGUAGCAAAAUACGAAAAAGAAACAAGAACACUAAAAAUAUACAUAGUUUAAGAAAAGGUAAAUAGAUGAUGAUUAUUUUUUCAUCGAAUCUAUGUUUUAAGAGCCAUUACACAAGUUUAAGUCAAGGCCCGAAUGCGUUGACUACAGUUAUCUAAGAGCUGCAUAAACUUAAAAACAAGGAAAAUCUUUUAAAAGAGAUUUAUCUAAAUGAUCUCAAUUUUAUUCAACAUAAAAUUGUGAUAUCGCAAAGUGACUUGUACAAUAAAUACUGAUGCUAUGGCAAGAGGUUCAAUGGUAGGGUUUUAUCAAGGAACAUGUUAGAAAAAGCUUCCCAAUUAGCUGAAAAAAGUGCGGUAUAGAGUGAAAAAUGGUGCGAUUCGUUAAUUAAUCGCACCAAUGAGAGCCAAUCCGAUUACAAGACUCAUUAAUGAUUUCAAAAUGUAUGUAAUAAAAAAAGGAAAUUUGUUCGCGGUGAA